GAAGCACGGGCAGGCGGACUGUCCCCAGCCCCCGAGCUCCUCCAGGAGCCGGCACCGGAGAGCUCCGAGCCGGGAUCUCCUCCGGCUGCCCCGGCCGCUCCAGCCCCGCCCCCCCGGUGACACCCCCGUGCUCCCGCCCCUCGCUUCCCGCCCCCCGCCGGUGCGGCGCGGGGGGUGCGGCUCCGCUCGGCUUCGCUCGCUUCAGCUCAGCUCGGCUCGGCUCGGCUCGGCUCGGCUUAUCUCUGCCCGCUCGGCUCGGCUCAGUUCAUCUCGGCUUGGUUCAUCUCGGCUCGGCCCGGCUUGGCUCAUCUCUGCUCCGCUCGGCUCGGCUCGGUUCAUCUCGGCUCGGCCCAGCUCGGCUCAUCUCUGCUCGGCUCGGUUCAUCUCGGCUCGGCCCGGCCCGGCCCGGCCAUGGUGGAGCGCUCGGACGAGGCGCCGCUGCUGUUCUGGGCCGAGGGCCCCGCCGUGUCGGCGCCGCCGCCCGCGGCCGAGCCGGGCAGCAGCAGCAGCGGCGGGCGGCGGCUCGGCGGCGGCUGGAGCGCGGCUCCGUGGGACGGCGAGGGGCCGGCGGAGGCGGCGGGGCCGCAGCGGGCCGAGGCGGAGGAGGACCAGAUCGUGGCCGUCUUCGUGGUCACCUUCGACCCCCGCACGGGCAACAUGGUGGAAUGGUGUUUACCCCAAGAUAUAGAUUUGGAAGGUGUGGAAUUCAAAUCCAUGGCAAGCGGGUCCCACAAAAUCCAGUCAGAUUUCAUUUAUUUCAGGAAGGGGCUCUGUUUUGGCCUGGCCUGCUUUGCCAACAUGCCUGUGGAGAGUGAGUUAGAGCGUGGUGCCCGCAUGAAGUCCGUGGGCAUCCUCUCCCCUUCCUACACGCUGCUGUAUAGGUACAUGCACUUCCUGGAGAACCAGGUCAGACACCAGCUGGAAAUGCCAGGGCACUACUCCCAUCUAGAGGCAUUCUAUGAUGACAAGAAAGGAGUUCUCCCUGAUAGCAAGGGCACCCCCAGCUCUCAGCAACCUGUCCACUGGCUGCCUUCCAUCCACAGAUACAUGUACCCAGAGAUGAAGAUCACACACCCUGCUGGCUGUAUGUCUCAGUUCAUCAAAUUCUUCGGUGAGCAGAUCCUCGUCCUCUGGAAGUUUGCCCUGCUGCGCAAGCGCAUACUGAUAUUUUCACCACCCCCAGUUGGAGUUGUCUGCUACAGAGUGUAUUGCUGCUGUUGCCUUGCAAAUGUUUCUCUGCCUGGUCUUGGAGGAACUGUCCCAGAGUCCAAACCAUUCUUCUAUGUGAAUGUGGCAGACAUAGAAAUGCUGGAGACAGAAGUAUCAUACGUGGCCUGUACAACAGAAAAGAUCUUUGAGCAGAAACGGGAUCUCUAUGAUGUCUACGUGGACAACCAGAAUGUGAAGACGCAUCACGAACAUCUGCAACCACUCCUGAAAAUUAACAAUGCUGACAAGGAGAAGUACAGACGGCUCAAUGACCAAAGGCAGAUGUUAAUGUAUUCUCAAGAAGUGGGUGAGGAUUGCAGCUCCUGUGAAGAGGACCUUUUUAUCUUGUUUUUCAUGGAGCAGAACAACCGCAUAUUCCAGACGCUGAUGGAGGUGUCAGCCAGCCAGGACAAGACCCUGACAGCUGAGCACGCACGAGGCAUGGGCCUGGAUCCCCAAGGGGAUCGAAGCUUCCUCAUGGACCUCCUGGAAGUGUAUGGCAUUGAUGUUAUGCUGGUCAUUGACAACCCCUGCUGCACUUAAACCAAGGGCAAGAGAGAUGGGGAGCAAAGAUCACUUUUUAAAGACUACUGGACAUUGCUUAGGAGGAUCACUGGAACUCACCACAGCCACAGUUAUUUAAUAACUUUAUAUGGAGAGUAUUUAUAAUUUUAAAACAAAAUGUGAUUUUAUUUUCUCACACUCAACUUCCCAGUGAGUACCUGCUCUAAGGGUCCUUUUGGUUUUGUCUCCCUUUCCCUUUCAUUUGUGUUUUUUUGUUUUGUCUAGCUAGGACCAGUGGCACCUUUGCACCAAACCUCACUGUUGCCAGUGAUAGCUAGGUUUUGGCCUAGCCUGGAUACCUGAGGGCUGAAGACUUCAGGAAAGCACUUUGUUUGAUGACAACCAAUGUGAAAUGCUAUAGCUGAGCUUUCAGACUUGGCUGGAAAAUCCUCCUAUCAACUCCCCCUUCCACCUGGGGACUGAAGAGGGCUUUAGCACAAGCUGUUAACGGCCCAAUCUCAUAAACAGCUCCUACCAAGUUUAUUGGCUGGGACAGUUAAACCAAUGAUAAGAACCAGGACUCCUUUAAAUACUCCUCACCCAACUUUAAGGUGAAUUGGAGCCAAGCCACCCUUCCUUGUAAAUGGCAGAAGAAAGUUUGGGAUUGGGGAUGCUACAGGAUCUUCUGACUUUGCUUACUGGAGCAGCAGUUUCACUUCCAGCAUCUAAGGUGCUCUAAACUGGCAGAGACUGCACCUACCUAUCUCAUAGCUGGAGAAGAGCAGCCUCUCUCCUCAAUCCAUCCCACCACCACCUUUGGCUUUUAGUUGCAUCCCACCUGCUGCUUUGGUUUAAAAUCUUCAAACCAGCAAGAUGGUCUCCAUUUAACAGGGACCAACACCACUGAGCCACUUUGCAGUCACUUUAUUGUCCAGCCUCAGCUCGGAUGGUGCUGGGCUGGAGGGAGUAGAAUAAGAAUGCUUUAAGUACUGUCACUAACCCUUCCUUUGUAGCUGAUGGGACUUGUUGCUCCUUUGCUUUAACACUGUCUGCUAAUCCUUUUGUUGAGCCUUCAGCACUGCCUGCUGCUAUCCCUGGCUUUCCAUGUGAGACAGAGAACAGACCUUUCAGCUGGAACAACUGAAGUUUGCAGGAGGUUCCCUUGGAGUUUGGUAUUCUUACCUGGCACAGCUGCUAGGAGCAAUGUUUACAACGAAGUCUGUCUUUUUUUUCUGGGCAGAGCUGUAGAACCAGAUGAAAUAGAUGUUUUCUUAUGCUGUUGAAAGAACAGGAUUCAGUUCCUGAAGGACUAGUCAUUACCUCCAAGAAGGCUGUCCCAGUAAAGAGUAACCCCUUGGCCAUACAAAAUCCAAGAAUGCUACUGGGGGUUCUAUGUGUGACAUACAGCUUUGCUCCAAAUCCUUCAGCCAGCAGCAAUAUCAGCUUUAAGCUGACUGUUUCUUCCUGAACUGUGGCUAUAGCUGAUUAGUUGCUGCUUCUAUUAUUACAGAUUUCAGCACCCUUGGAGGGUUUCUGUGCACUGUAGGAAUGCAAACUUCAGCUGAUGUAUCCAUUUGUCCUAGCAUUUUAUAGGAUGAGACAGAGCCUGAACCACUCUAAAGCAGGCAAGCACCUUUUUGAAACAGGUGAAGCCAAUGUUCUCCAAGCAUUACCCUCUGUAGAUUGUCUUCCUCUGGAAAGGAGGAGGUAAUUGUUCCUGCAAUUUGCCUGUCUCUGAGCAGUCAUUCCCCUAGCUGCUUUUUCAAGGCUUUGGGAUGUUUUUGUACAGAAGAAAAUAGGCUGUUGUUCAUACUAUCAAUUGCUCACAAUAACUGUAACAUCAUCCUUAGAAGGUUGGGGAAAAAAGUGGGAAAAGAGGUAAAAACAGCUGAGUAUCAUUUAAUGGAAAGACCAGUCUCUUUUCCUUAAGAAAUGGCUUUGUUUUGAAAUUGACACCUGACAUAUAAAAGUGGCCCACAACCUCCACACUUUUUCCUCUAACUUCCACUUCAGUUUUAACAUGCUGCCUGCAGUGAUGAUCCCUGAAGUACAGCUGAGCUGCCCUUGUAUUGCUGUCACUUCUUCAAACAUCAAAAGAAAACCAGAACUGAAACUAGUCACAAGCAAUUUCUCCUCUCACUUUCUUGAAGGUUUGCUACAUAGUUUAGCUGUAAUCAGUUGUUAAUGACUUUGUUUUCUUUGUCAGUAGUUCUUUUGCUAAACUAAACAGAAACAAACCUUUGAUUUAAUGUUGAAAUUUUACAGUCACUGCAGUCAGAGUCUUUCUAACACCCUGCAUUAGAGCAGUGUUGUUUACAGACUGUUGGAACAUGAGAUCUAGUAGACUGCACUGACAUAGCCCACUGAGCAGAAGCUCCUGAAAUUCCUAUUUGUCAUUUAUUAAACCUCUGCUUUCCAGAAAUCCGGUCCUCAGUUGUUAGCAGUAGUACGGGUGCAGAAGCAUCAAAGCAAGCAGAUUGCUGCAGCAGCAUCCAUGUGCUACAUCCAGUUGGAUGCUUGCAGCCUAUCUUGUUCUUCCUUGGAAUCAUGUUCUUCCUUGUAAUUUUGCCUAUCAAGCUUCUCUUGGCAGGUAACUGCUACAGAAGUCAGGAAGUUGUCCAACAGAAGACAGAACAAGAAGACUUUUCUCUCCUAACCCUUUCCUUAUUUGAUUAGCUGCAAAAGUGCUUUCACCUGCACUCCUUUUCUAAAAGAUAGUGCUUUUAUUUUCGUCACAUGGGGAAAGUUCUUGAGAAAUGGGUAAUGGGUACAUAAUAGAAACAAAUUGUUAUAGCUUGGGACAUGAAGGACUAUUCUGUGGAACCAGUUUAACUGAGUCUUACCUUUCCAGAAGAUACCAUAAUUCAAGGUAAAACAGUUAUGUACAGAUAUUCAAAAUCCCCUCCUGGGCACUCAAUUGGUGCUUUGUUGCAUAGUAGCAGCUGGGAGACAUCUACUGGGUAUGUUUUGAAUCAAAAGAGGGAGGAAAAUGUGGGAUAAGAUAGGAUAUUGCUGAUUUAUCUUCUUCCUUUGCCUUUACAGUGGUGCCUUCAGUUUCUUGGGUGUAAUGCCUCUGGUCAGUUGCCGUGAUCAGAGCCCAGGUUUGAAUGGUGGUUACAGUAACUAGGUCUGUGCUGUGCCCCUGUGUAUUCUCCAAAACUCAAAUUGUUGGAUAGCCAGUGCAGGUUCUCAGCUUGUACUUGCUUGACUUGAACCAGGAGAACAAGAGCUUCCUGCCUACAUCUUAACUCAAGCUGCACUAGAAAUGUAUAAUCAAGCAAUGAAUUAUUACUACUUGUAUUAUCUGCACUGAAGGUAAAGCUUAUGAGAGACAUAAAAGCUUGGUUUUCAAGCUGAACAAGCAACACCAUGCCAGACAUUUAAAUCAUCCAAAAGUCUUCUCACUGCAAGGUUAGGCCAAGCUGCAUAGAGCCAAUAAAGAACUAUAAUGGAUACUAGGAGAAAGGCACUUUAUGGAAUUAGAAUUCAGAUCUGUCUUACAGACAUGCCACUACCUUCUUUUCUGGCAUACAUGAGGUACUUACUGCAGUGAUCUUACAGCCAAUGGUCACCACGGUCACAGGAGCUGAGCUUGCCUGUUCACCAUCCUUUUGGGCAGAACAAAGUCCCAUCACCUUUUCAAGUGGAAGUAGCUCCCUGUACAGGUUAUUCAGCAAAGCAGGGUUAAUGAGCAAAAGGCUGGGAGUAGCUGUGGCCCUCCUGGCCACAGACUGUGCAAGGAACAGGCAUGCUUUGCUCAAGGAGGUGGAAGGACAGUGGCUCCUGGAAUAGCAGGGCAAGAGCACUCUAUCCUAAAGCAGAAUUCUAAGUAAAAAGCAUGCACACUAACCCAAACUCUCAUCCUGGCAUUACUUCUAAGUUAGUUGCUGUCUUCUUCCCCCCUUCCCAAAACCAGUGGUGUAGUGAUUAUGAGAAAGGACAACAUAAAUGUCUUUUACAAGGGACUGGAAUGUAUUAACAGUGUGAUCUGUCUAAAACUGAGGGUACUAAAUGCCUAUGAACCAGGAUUUUAGAUCUUGGUUAAUGCAACAUGUCAUUCAAAUAGGAAUGUUUAAAUGUGGUCAAAAUAAACAGGUGCCUUGAGCUGGUCCAUCAUUAGAUUGUUAUCCCUCCUUUUUAUUUCUGUUACAGUAUUUUAAGCCCUUUUAGAAUGGACUGUAAGUUGAAGCCAGGAUAAAUGUUUUCUUGAGUGGGACCUAGGAUUCCACUCCUCCUGCCUGUCUUGGAGUUUUACAAAGGAAGAUUUUUGUGUUGCUAUCAGAAAGAAACAUGAGAACUGAGUCCUUUCCUCAACACUUUAGAUAGUGGGUUCAGCUCCUGCCUAUUUUAUGUAGUGUUUAUCUCACACCUCCCUUCUGAACAUUGCAAUUCAGAGGCCUAGAAUUACCCUAUACUGGAAGAACUCUGAACUGCAGAGGAAGGAGAAAAACUACUUGAAUGGUAUUUCUACAAGCUACUCAACUUAUGCUGAUAUGAAUAUUUAAAUACCAGCCUGUGUCUCAGAUGAUCCUUGGUACUUCAACAUCAGAAUGGCAUCAGCAAUACCAAUUCUAAAGGAAACACAUUGCAAUGGGAGCUAUGGAGGAGAACUAGUGAUUUUCCCUGUAAAAUGGUACAGAUGAACAAGGAGCCAGUUCUUACCAUCUCACCCCUUGCAGCAGGCUGGGUGUAAUUCUAACAGCUCUGAAGUUGUUUGCAUCUUGCAGAUGUGCGGUUGCUCCCAUAGGCCUGUGGCUCUGUAGAGAAACUGCUUACUAAAAACAUGGGUAUUUUUUAAUACAAUUAAAGCUUACCUUUUUGAAA